CUUCUCCUCCCCUUCCAUUCUACUCACUACUACUUCCAUCUUAAGCUUUUGAAACUUUUCUCUUCAAUCAAUCCCUCUUUCCCCAUUUUACCCCUCAAAUCUCAUCUUUAAUUUGACCUCUCCCUCCAUAAAUGGACUGUGCAUAUAUAUAUAUAGCAGAUCAGAGCUAUUACAUUAUAUUGUACCAGAAACAUUAAUCUUUUGUAACAUAUAUAUAUAGUUUUUGUCGAAUAGAAUAGAAUGUUUAUUUUUUCUAGGAGAAUACUUGGAAGAGUUGGCCGGAAAAAGAAGGUUCUGAGGAUAGGUUCUAGAAGGGAAAUGAUGACGCCAGCUCAUUUUCUGUGUCCGAUUUCUCUGGACUUGAUGAAAGAUCCGGUCACAUUGUCCACCGGAAUCUCGUACGAUCGAGAGAAUAUCGAGAAGUGGUUGGGCGAAGGGAACCGGACAUGUCCGGUGACGAAUCAAGAGGUGACGUCAUAUGAGCUCAUACCGAACCAUGCUAUAAGAAGGAUGAUUCAAGAGUGGUGCGUGGACAAUAGGUCCCACGGAAUUGAGAGGAUUCCGACGCCGAGGAUUCCGGUGAGCAGUUAUGAGGUGUCGGAGAUGUGCGGGCGGUUGGAGGCGGCGACGGGGCGUGGGGACCACCGGGAGUGCGUGGAGUUGGUGGGGAGGAUGAAGGGUUUGGCGAAGGAGAGCGAAAGGGAUAAGAAAUGUAUAGCGGAUAGCGGGUCGGGUCGGGUCUUGGCGGCGUGUUUCCGGGCGUUUUCGGAGAGGUACGAGGUUGAGGAUUUGUUGAAGGAAGUGUUGUCGGGGUUGAAGUGGAUGUUUCCGUUGGGGGAAGAGAGCAAGUCAAUGCUGGGAUCUGAGCCGUCGUUACGUUGCAUGGCGUGGAUUUUGAAGGGUCAGGAUUCAUCCGCGAAAAGGAACGUAGUUUUAGUUCUCAAAAAGCUGCUGUCUUUGGAUCACACCUACGCUAACGUCCUAGCCCAGGUUGACGAGGAUGUCCCUCGGGUUCUAUUCGAGAUGGUGAAAUCCCCAAAUUGCCCCUCCGCCAGGAAGGCUCCACUGGAAGUCCUGUACCGAAUACUGACAUCAUCUUCAGAAGCCAAGGGCAAAUUGGUAAAAAUGGGGUUACCAUCUUUGGUUCUCGAAAUUCUCGUGGAUGCAGAGAAGGGAGUUGCAGAGAAAGCAUUGGCAGUUAUUGAUGGCAUCUGUGACAGUCAAGAAGGGAAGGGCAGCAUUUGCAGCCACCCAUUGGCUAUGGCGUUGUUAGUGAAGAAGAUUAUGAGGAUUUCUGAGAUGGGCACAGAGCUUUGCGUGUCAAUUAUGUGGAAGCUUCUGUGCAAAGGUGAUGAAGAUGAAAAUCAAGUGAUUGAAGCAUUGGAACUUGGAGCUUUCCAGAAACUUCUGGUUGUUCUUCAAGUUGGGUGUGGGGAAAAUACAAAGGAAAGGGCUACUGAGUUGCUGAAAUUGAUGAAUCUUUACCAGGAUAGGGUGCAAUGCUUGCACAAUUCAUCAGGCUUCAAGUAUCUCAAAAAAUCAUAUUAAUUAACCGUUCUGUCGGAUAGAAGCCCGUGGAAUUUGAGAUUCAACUUUUCGGAAAAAUCGCAACAAAACAAACAAAAACCCUUCCAUACCAUAUUCUUUUGUAUUUAGAUUAGGCCGGGGAUGUAUUACUUUUGUAUAUAGAUACCAUUAUUAUUAUUAUUAUUA